UCAGUUUAUGGGAGCUGAGAAACCAGAGCUCAGUGCUUGUGUUGUAUUCCAGCCGCGUCUCGCCUCUUCCGUGUACAACAGGGAUGCAGGGGGAUCCGUGAAGUCGUGUUUUCACGGGCACGCUUUGUUAUCAGGAAAUGAGUGUUGAUAAAUCGCUUAAAUCUGUUUAUUUCCUACUUGUGAGCUGUUGAACACGGCGUUGUUGUGUGCACGAGAGGCGUCUGCGUUGAAUGUACACUGGUUUUGAAAAUCAGUUGACGGUUGAAAAGGAGUAGCCACCGGGAGCGCAAUUAACGAGCCGCGGCUGUUUGACAGGUGCCAUCGCCCGGCUCAGCGUGGAGAGAUGCCGCCAGUCCAGAGGACGAUGUCCGAUCUUCGUUCGCGGGCGGAGGGGUAUGAAAAGACAGAGGACGCAUCAGAAAAGACGUCCUUAGCUGAUCAAGAGGAUGCCCGACUGAUUUUCCUCAAUCAGCCGCAGUUCACUAAGUUCUGCAGCAAUCGAGUCAGCACUGCAAAAUAUAAUUUCCUCACCUUCCUUCCUCGGUUCCUGUACUCGCAGUUCAGGAGGGCAGCCAACUCCUUCUUUCUCUUCAUUGCACUCUUGCAGCAAAUCCCAGAUGUGUCUCCCACCGGUCGCUGGACUACACUGGUGCCCCUGCUUUUCAUCCUGGUGGUGGCUGCUGUCAAGGAGGUCAUUGAGGAUCUGAAACGCCACAAUGCCGACAAUGUCGUCAACAAAAAAGAAUGUCAAGUUUUGAGGAAUGGUGCCUGGGAGAUUGUACAUUGGGAGAAGGUGGCUGUUGGGGAAGUAGUCAGAGCGGCCAAUGGGGAUCACCUCCCGGCUGACCUCGUCAUACUGUCGUCCAGUGAGCCACAGGGUAUGUGCUACAUUGAAACAUCAAACUUGGAUGGGGAAACAAACCUUAAAAUCAGACAGGGUCUCCAAAGUACUGCAGAAAUCAAGGACAUCGACAGCCUGAUGCGUCUUUCUGGGCGCAUGGAGUGCGAGAGUCCAAACCGACAUCUGUAUGAGUUUGUAGGGAACAUCCGACUGGACGGCCACAGUACAGUGCCACUGGGUCCAGACCAGAUCUUACUCAGAGGAGCCCAGCUGAGGAACACCCAGUGGGUCCAUGGUAUAGUGGUCUAUACAGGACACGAUACAAAGCUCAUGCAGAAUUCCACCCGGCCUCCUCUGAAGCUGUCCAACGUGGAGCGCAUCACCAACUUCCAGAUCCUUGUACUGUUUGGCUGCCUGCUGGCCAUCUCUUUGGUCUGCUCUAUUGGCCAAACCAUCUGGAAGUACCAGUACGGCAACGCCGCCUGGUAUAUGGAUCUCAACUCUCCAGAUGGUGGAGCCGCAAACUUCGGCCUCAACUUCCUCACCUUCAUCAUCCUUUUCAACAACUUGAUCCCUAUCAGUCUCCUGGUCACACUCGAAGUUAUCAAGUUCGUCCAAGCCUUCUUCAUCAACUGGGACACAGAUAUGCACUAUGAGCCCACCAAUACACCUGCCAUGGCUCGCACCUCCAACCUGAAUGAAGAGUUAGGCCAGGUAAAAUACAUUUUUUCCGACAAGACGGGGACCCUGACCUGCAACGUGAUGCAGUUCAAGAAGUGCACCAUUGCUGGUGUUGCUUAUGGUCACGUCCCUGAGGCUGAGGAGGGUAGUUUUGCAGAGGAUGACUGGCACAGCACACAGUCAUCAGAGGAGGCUGGAUUUAAUGACCCGAGCUUACUGGAAAACCUCCAAAGUAAUCACCCUACGGCUGCUGUCAUCCUGGAGUUCAUGACCAUGAUGGCCAUUUGUCACACUGCAGUCCCUGAACACACUGAUGGCAAAAUCACCUACCAGGCAGCAUCUCCAGAUGAAGGAGCUCUGGUGAGAGCAGCACGGAACCUGGGCUUUGUGUUUUCUGGUCGAACCCCAGACAGUGUCAUUGUGGAAAUGCUUGGAUCAGAGGAGAAGUAUGAGCUGCUUCAUGUGCUGGAGUUCACAAGUGCGAGGAAGAGGAUGUCAGUCAUCAUGCGCACCCCAUCUGGGAAGAUCCGCCUCUACUGCAAAGGAGCCGACACAGUGAUCUAUGACCGUCUGGCCGACAGCUCGAGGUACAAAGAGAUCACAUUGAAGCACCUGGAACAGUUUGCCACUGAGGGGCUGCGUACUCUGUGCUUUGCGGUGGCAGACAUCAGUGAGUCGUCCUAUCAGCAGUGGCAGGAGGUCCACCACAGAGCCUGUACCUCGAUGCAGAACAGAGCCCUGAAGAUGGAGGAGAGCUAUGAGCUGAUAGAGAAGAACCUGCAGCUCCUAGGUGCCACAGCAAUAGAGGACAAGCUCCAGGAUAAGGUGCCUGAAACCAUUGAGACUCUGAUAAAGGCUGACAUCAAGAUCUGGAUUCUCACCGGGGACAAACAGGAAACAGCCAUCAAUAUUGGACAUUCAUGCAAACUUCUGACCAAGAAUAUGGGCAUGUUGGUGAUCAACGAAGACACUCUUGAUGGGACAAGGGAGACCCUCAGCCAUCACUGUGGAAUGCUGGGAGAUGCCCUGUACAAGGAGAAUGACUUUGCCCUCAUCAUCGAUGGAAAGACUCUCAAAUACGCCCUGACAUUUGGAGCACGCCAGUACUUCCUGGACUUGGCUCUGUCCUGCAAAGCUGUCAUAUGUUGUAGAGUAUCUCCACUUCAGAAGUCAGAAGUAGUGGAAAUGGUUAAGAAACAGGUGAAGGUGAUCACACUGGCCAUAGGUGACGGCGCCAAUGAUGUGGGCAUGAUCCAGACAGCUCAUGUUGGUGUGGGAAUCUCUGGCAAUGAGGGACUGCAAGCAGCAAACUCCUCUGACUACUCCAUUGCCCAGUUCAAAUACUUGAAGAAUCUGCUGCUGGUCCAUGGAGCCUGGAAUUACAACCGUGUAGCCAAGUGCAUCCUGUACUGUUUCUACAAGAACAUUGUCCUCUACAUCAUUGAGAUCUGGUUUGCAUUCGUCAAUGGCUUCUCUGGUCAGAUUCUGUUUGAGCGCUGGUGCAUCGGUCUGUACAACGUGAUCUUCACUGCUCUCCCUCCUCUCACUCUGGGCAUAUUUGAGCGCUCAUGCAGGAAAGAGAACAUGCUGAAGUACCCAGAACUCUACAAAACUUCCCAGAAUGCUAUGGGUUUUAAUACCAAGGUCUUCUGGGCCCAUUGUCUGAAUGGCCUCUUCCACUCCGUCAUCCUCUUCUGGUUCCCUCUUAAAGCCUUCCAGCAUGAUACUGUUUUUGGCAACGGAAAGACUCCAGACUAUCUCCUCUUAGGCAACAUGGUUUACACAUUUGUGGUCAUCACAGUUUGUCUUAAAGCUGGCCUUGAGACCUCAUCAUGGACCAUGUUCAGUCACAUCGCCAUCUGGGGCAGUAUUGGCCUGUGGGUGGUGUUCUUCGUUAUCUACUCCUCCCUGUGGCCCCUCAUCCCUCUGGCUCCCGACAUGUCAGGAGAGGCGGAGAUGAUGUUCAAUUCAGGCGUCUUCUGGAUGGGCCUGUUCUUCAUCCCAGUCACCUCGCUGGUCUUUGACGUGGCCUACAAAGUGGUUAAGAAAGUGUGUUUCAAGACCCUGGUGGAUGAAGUACAAGAGCUUGAGGCCUUAUCCAAAGAUCCUGGUGCAGUGGUGCACGGCAAGAGUUUGACGGAGAGGGCCCAGCUCCUGAAGAAUGUCUUCAAGAAGAGUACAGUUAGUCUAUACCGAUCUGACUCCAUGCAGCAAAAUCUGCUCCGUGGGGAUCAGGUCAUUACUGUGUGACACCUUGCAUUUCCCCUUAAUUCUUCACCCAUAAAAAUCCAGUCCCACCACCCUGAUAGAAGCCUGUUUUCCUGUAGAUCUUAAUGCUCUCUCUAUUGACUUCCGCUCCUUCCCUCGUGUGCCGUGUCCUGAGUUGAGCGCUCUUUAGAGCAAGAUAAUGAUUGACAAAAUUUUGCGCUGUUAUUCUCCACAAUGCACUCGUCUCAGCGCGGCCCUUUGAACUCGCCCGCUGGCCUCCAGGUACUGACCGAGUCAUUUGACACCUGAAGGUGAGUCAGGGGUCAAAGGUCAGGGUGAACCCUAUGUGCUGGCUUCAGAUCUGUAAAAAAGAUCACAGGGCUGCACUAACACUACAAAUGCAAGUUUUAGGGGGGCAUUGGCUAGUUUUUUACUAGUUUUUCUGUAUUCUUUUCAUUUCAUUAUUUAUGUUAACCCAUUUGUUUGUUUUUUACUGUCUGUUAAUUGAGAUGGUUUGAGUGUUUUAGUUUUUUGUCUGUUUUUAUUCCUUAAAUUUAAGAUAAUUAUGUUUAAGCUAAUUGCCUUGUCUCAGUUUUAAUUGCCUUGAUCCCUUCUGCAGAUGGCUAUGCCUUCUCUCAAGACGAGAACGGCGUGGUGUCACAGUCUGAGGUCAUCAGAGCCUAUGACACCACCAAACAGAGGACCAAUGAGUGGUGAGCCCUGCCCUUCUUGGCCUGGCCGGCCUAUCCGGAGCCACAACAGCCGUUUCCAAUGGCGAUUUGAAGCAAACAAGGAGAAGCCAUGGGUUGAGCUUAUGCCUCCAGCCUGAGGGGAUUUUUCGACAUAAUGGAAUUAGAAGAGAAGAAGAGAACGAUGUCUUGUUAUACUUCAAAAAGGGAAAAAAACUAGGAACAAAAAAGUAUUGAAAACAUAUUUACUAUGCUGUAGUUGUGUGUCCAGCAGACAUGAUGAGCACUGUGCUUUUUUAGCAGAGCCUGUGGUCUGAAGUUCCUCGCUUGUUGGAGCUCAGUUUGUCGGCGUGAAUGAUCUCCUCCCUAUUUAUUUAAGGCAUUUUUAGCACUGAGCCAAAAAGUAUAAAAUCAUUUUAUUAAAUUUAAGUCCAGCUUCUGUGAUACUGUUGAUGUAUUGUACAAGUGAAUACACUGGACAGUGAUUACUUUUAGAGUACAAAAUUAAUUUGAACUUACAGGAGAUUGCCAAAGAGCAGUCGUAUAUACAAUCGAUUCCAAGUACCAGUAAAUUCGGAAAAAUUUAAACCAAACAUAAUUACACUCCUGAGUGUAUUCCAGCACUAAAUGGACCACUUCAGACCAGAUUUGUAAAUGUUUUAGUUUUCUUCUUUGUUUUGCACUUAAGGAAACAUUUACUGUAUAGUAAGGCCUUACAUUUGUUCAUGCCUUCAGCCAUACCUAUCUCUUUCAUUCACAUUUUUUUCUGUUCUUUUUUUUUUUUUUUUUUUUUUUUUUUUUUUUCUAAAGUAUGUGGAUAUUGUGCCUGCUUAAAAAUUUCUUUUUUACAAUUGCUUCCUAUGACAUAGUCCGGUUGGUUUCCACCAUUUAUACAGCAGUUCGAUUGCUCCUGACAAAGAAAUAGCAUUCCACACAUCACUCGGCUGCAACAAUCACAAUGGUGCCUAACUAGACCUUUUCCCUAAUAGUAAAAAGAUAGCCAAGAAUAGUCUAGUCAGCUAGCAUAGAACAGUGCUCACCUUUUGAGAGGACAAAAUCAUUGUCUCCCCCACCACAGUAUUGUACUUGUACAAUGUGAAAAUCACAUAGAGUGCCUUGUGGCACAUGUAAAACCAAGAUUCCUGUUUCAGAGUCCAGCGGAGGGUUUUGUGAUGGUCCUUUCUGUAUGCUUACAGCGGUGGCUUCUAUUUCAUGAUAGUAUGUCCCUCAAAAUGGAGAUUUUAUCCCUCUAACAUAAGUGCCAUUAGCUUAAGGGAGAGAGAAACAUUAGCCAGGAAACUCCACAACAAUAUCAGAACUACUUUGUCUCUAUAGUUAUUUUGUGAAUUUGUAUUUUUAUAUUGGAAAUGUAUGAAUUUUGCAUUGACUGGCUUUGUAAUGAAUUGUUGUCCGUAACUUCUGUUUUCUUUCUCUGAUAACCUGGCAGAAUGCUCAAAAUGAUAGAAUGAGGAAACUGAGCUUUCUUAAAUGUCUUAUUAUUAAUAUUGUUAUAGCUUUGUUUAUUUAUAAUUGACUACUUGUGUCUGUGUGAUUGCUUUCUUCUCCCUAUGGGAGAUCAGAUUUCUGAUGGUGAGAGAGAGAGAGUGUAUGUGGCUGUGUGUGUGUGUGUUAGAUUGUUGCCUGCAUGUGCAUGUGUAUGUGUGGAGGUGUGUGUGUGCGUGUGUGUGUGUGUGUGCGCGUAACCUCUUCUGUGGAUAACCUCUAUGUAAGCAUUGCAUGUAUGUGUCCUAUAUGUGAGAUUGGGAGUUCCUGGCACCCCAGUUCUCUUGUCGCAUUCUUUUAGUGUGUGUGUGUGUGUGUGUGUGUGUGUGUGUGUGUGUGUGUGUGUGUGUGUGUGUGUGUGUGUGUGUGUGUGUGUGUGUGUGCGUGCACGCACGUGCGUGUGCGUAUGUGUGUCUGUUUCUGCGCAGCACACGUUCAUGUGCAGUAAUGCUUGCUCCAAUUGUCUGUCUGCACGACUCCAGGUAUUCUUAUGGUGUACUACUAUGUGCUGAUGCAUGGCCCAUCUGGGAAUGUGUGUGUGUGUGUGCGUGUUUGUAUGUGGUAUGACUGUUUAUUUGUAAGUGUGUGAGUGGUUGUGUGUGUGGGUUUGUGCGGUCAAACUCCAGCCUCAGCCAUGGGAGUUUUUGGCCCCUCCAAUGCUCAGCUCGCUUUGACAGGAGAUGUUGCACAAUGCACUCAAUGUACCUUUCCAGUAGUGGAUAUCUGGUAUUAUCUGGUUAUUGGUUUUGGUAUACAAUUUCUCUGGGUGUACAUGUUUGUAACUUGUGUUCUUCAUGCAGUGUACCUCUACUUUACAAAAAAAGCUCUUUUGUGUUUCUUUUCUUAGUUUAGUGAGGGUAUAUCAAUGGAUUGAUCUGUUAUGCUAUUCUUUAGUGUUACUAAUUGGUUGUCAUCUGUCAAAAUUUCCAAACUGCUGAAUGUGGAUCUCGUUGUUGUGGAAGGCUUGGAAUGUUGCUUUUUUCCGGAAAACAUAAACACGUUGUCGUCUGUGAAAGUUGUGGGCUGCAUGAAUGGAUAACAAAAGCUGUUCUUUAAAUGUUAAUCGUACUACUUUGAUUCUCCCUCAAGUGUUGGUCACUUUACAAGAGAAAAAUGCACUUUUAAACUUUGGUUUUAAUAUUUGUUUCGUUUACGUCAUUUUGUUAAAUGAUUGUUCUGCAUGUUGGGACUGCAAACUUUUAAGUGUUGUCUUUUACUGCCAUGAAGGACUACUGAAAUAAACUUUGCAAACAUGGAGGAA